CGCUCCGCGGUGGCCGCAUAAGCGACGGGGGAGGUGGGCCACCCCUAGCCCCGGGAACUGGAGCCAAAAUCUGGUUUCGGGGAUAAUGACUUUGUGCUGAGUCAACCCUCCCCCGGACUGGGUCUGCAGCCGGCCGCAGAGCAGGGCCUGAGGUGGUUAAUCAUUAAUCACUGACCACGCCGCCUUCCGCAGGGGCGGAGAGGGUGUUCCCGGAGGGUGGGCGGGGGCAGCAAAUGCCAGACGGCUGGGAGGGAACCCGGGGCUGCGGCUCUCACUCCGGGCCUGGGAGAUUAGAACUCUCUUCCUCCGCCCUCUGCCCGCCUCACUCACUCACACACGCCCCAAAACUCCACCCUCAGGCGCCUCACUGAGCUGCUCCGGGAAGUUCCCAUGAAAGCACCUGAAAUAUAGUAAGUUCCCUUUUCCAGGUGAAAUCGAGGGACAGAGCAUCUUGCAUCCAUUCUGGUGAGUCGCAGCCAAGAACUUUGGGCUCCUCUGGGAGGAGGAAGGGAAGCUGAGAAGGUCUCUGGACCUAGAGAUUUGGCUCUCUUGCUCAUGGCUUCACCUAGCGGCCACGGGGGUGACUGCGCCCAUGUCAUUGAUCACAGCCAUGUCCCAGAGUUUGAGGUGGCUAUCUGGAUCAAAAUCACCUUGAUCCUGGUGUACCUGGUCAUCUUUGUGGCGGGCAUCUUGGGGAACAGCAUCACCAUUCGGGUCACCCAGGUGCUGCAGAAGAAAGGCUACUUGCAGAAGGAGGUCACAGAUCACAUGGUGAGCCUGGCUUGCUCCGACAUCUUGGUCUUCCUCAUUGGCAUGCCCAUGGAGUUCUACAGCAUCAUCUGGAGCCCGCUGACCACGCCCAGCUACUCCCUGUCCUGUAAGCUUCACACGUUCCUCUUUGAGGCCUGUAGCUACGCCACGCUGCUGCACGUCCUGACGCUGAGCUUCGAGCGCUACGUUGCCAUCUGCCACCCGUUCAGGUAUAAGGCCGUGUCGGGGCCCUGCCAAGUGAAACUGCUGAUUGGCUUCGUCUGGGUCACCUCCACCCUGGUGGCAUUGCCCUUGCUUUUUGCUAUGGGUAUUGAGUACCCCCUGGUGAACGUGCCCAACCACAGGGGUCUCCCCUGCAACCGCUCCCUCACCCGCCCCCAUGAGCGGCCCGAGACCUCCAACAUGUCCAUCUGUACCAACCUCUCCAGCCGCUGGACGGUGUUCCAGUCCAGCAUCUUCGGCGCCUUCGUCGUCUACCUGGUGGUCCUGGUCUCUGUGGCCUUCAUGUGCUGGAACAUGAUGAAGGUGCUCACGAGGAGCAAGCAGGGCACGCUGGCCGGGAAGGGACAGCAGCCGCAGCUGAGGAAGUCGGAGAGCGAGGAGAGCAGGACGGCCAGGAGGCAGACCAUCAUCUUUCUGAGGCUGAUCGUGGUGACGUUAGCCGUGUGCUGGAUGCCAAACCAGAUUCGCAGGAUCCUGGCUGCGGCCAAACCCAAGCAGGACUGGACCAAGGCCUACUUCCGGGCGUACAUGAUCCUGCUGCCCUUUGCAGACACCUUCUUCUACCUCAGCUCGGUGGUCAACCCGCUGCUGUACAACGUGUCCUCGCAGCAGUUCCGCAGCGUCUUCGUCCAGGUGCUGCGCUGUCACCUGACACUGCAGCACGCCAACCACGAGAGGCGGCUGCGCGCCCCCGCCGACAGCGCCCGCUCCGCCCGCCCGCUGAUCUUCACGUCCUCGUGGCGCCACUCAUCUGCUAGGAGAACUAAUAAGGUUUUCUUAACCACUUUCCAGAGUGAGGCUAAGGCUGACCCUAAGCCCCCGCAGUUGAGUCUCAAUUCGCUAGAGCCCAGCUCCGAGACACAACCAGCGGAGGCCGCUGCAGAAGCCAAUUCUACUGCAGAGAAUGGUCUCCAGGAGCAUGAAGUGUGAAUGUCAAGUGAGGAAGCCCUGCGUGGUAACCAGCCCUCCCCCGCUCACAGGCAAAAGCACCCGCACGCAGCAGUGACAGAAUGAACCGGACCCCCAUCAGGGACGGGAAUGGAAGCUGGGGGACUUGGAAAAGGCAGGUGGUGUCUACCUUACUGUCUUCUGAGAGCAGAUUCCGGCAGACUGACCUUGACUUUGAUUACACUGUCGAGGGUGAACUUCUGCUCCACCCUGUUUCUUCAUGUACACACUGAAAACUCAGUCAGACUGAAUUUAUUCAGAGCUUACAAAAAUGUUUGACACUGAGCUCUUUCAUUAUUCUCAAAGAAACAAAAAAGAAAGAGGACACAGACUCCUCCCUACCCCAGAAUACAGGGAUGGCCAGAGGGGGCGCGCGAGGGCCAGGAGAACAACGCAGGAGCGGCUGGCUGGGGGUCUCCGUCGGCUUCAGCAGUGCACCAAGGAGUGGGCUAGUUUGAGGAGCAGGAUGGUGGUGGGGAGCUCUGGCCUCAGGGCCGUGGCAGAACUGCCCCUUUUCUUGGGCCGGGGCCCGUUGCAGAGUGGGGUAUUGCAGCAACUGAUGCACACUGAGUUCAGUUUCCCCGGGGAGCAGAAGGACUGGUACCCGGCGGAGGCGAUGAGGCAGGCCGCGGACGACGCACAUGACUUGCGGUACAUGAUUCCUGCAACACAGACCCAAAAGAGCUGGGUUAGCAUGCGCUGGUCAAAGUCAGCUGUCUCUCUGAGCCCAAAUUCACAGUGUUUCCUCACUCCUCCUACAAGCCAGGGAGGUGCUCUGGGGUAUUUUGUGGAGCCCCCCGAAAAGCACA